AUGAUUGACAUCUUUGGGCGAAUGCCUCUUGGCAUGCGAGAAUACAUUAGGCACAUAAUUGCCCUCCCUCAUGUUGCAUCUGGCGCUGCUGCUUUAUCGAACGGAGAUAAUAUCGCCAUUGGUGACGGUUAUAUGAUGGUCUAUAUUCUCACUCACGAGAUGUCGCACUCACUUGAUUCCCAUGCCCUUCUCAACAUUGCUCCAGCGCCCUUCAGCACUGGCAGCAUUUGGAAAGACAAUUACAACCAGGACAGCGCUGUUGCCAGCGAGUACGCCCGCUCCGCAUGGCCUGAGAACUUCGCUGAGACUGGUAUUGUUGGUCUCUAUGAUAAGGUGGUACCAGGUGGUAUUGGCAAUAUCCAGAAGAACUGGAAUCAGAUAUUCCACCAGUAUGCCACAUAUCAAGGCUACCUUGGCAACAUCAUCAUUCCACACGCCAAGUCUCAGUGCACACAGCGUCUAGACAACUCUGCUGUUGUUCCCAUGGGUGAUAGUGCCAAGUUCCGCGCUCGUGAAGAUGCUCCCGAUGUUAGUAUUGGAGCAGGGAUCAGAAUCAUUCCAGCGGGCGUCUAUGAGAACGUAACAUUCGUCACCCCAGCUCACACCAACUAG